ACUCAAAAUCCCCGCCUCUCCAAAUCCAACGGGCGGGAGAAGAGAAACCACGCCGAAAUCGAAAAAUUUCCCCAAUUCCCAACCCUAACCCCAAUCUUCUCCUCCCGCUUCUCCUUCCCCUCCACGCUUCGGAGGCCUACCAUUCCAGAAGCUUCUAGACCCUAGGCGUGUCCUCGGUGGAUGUAGGUUUUGGUGGAAAGGAGGGGAGGCAUGGAGGGCGGCGGCGGCGGCGGCGGAGGAGGAGGAGGGGAGGGGAGCACGAGCGGGGCGAGGUUCCCGAUCCUGCAGGCGAACCGGGACCCGGAGUCGAACUGGGAGGUGGACGUGGCCAAGAGCCUCGAGGAGUACCUCCUCAGGAUCUGCUCCGGGGAGAUCAGCGGCGAGGACGGGGCCCAUUCCGUCAACUUCGCCGAAGCUGCACUACUACUGCAGGGAUCAGUCCAGGUUUACAGCCGCAAGGUGGAGUAUUUGUACACCUUGGUGCUCAACGCGCUGGAAUUUCUCUCGCAAAAGAAGCAAGAUCAGGAAAAUAGCUCAGCUCAAGCUAAUGAAAGUGAUCGUAGCACAGUACCGAAUGAGGAAGAUGAUGUGUUUUCAGGGCUAGAUGAUGUCCCAGUGGAAGCAAGGACCACUUUGGAUAACAAUAUUGAUCGAGAUGACUUGCUAAAAAAAAAUGUGAGGCCACCAGCAAAUCUGCUGGUGUUUGAAGGAGACUGUAUGGAUAGCGAAGCGAGUGAGCUAGAAUUAUAUUUGUUAGCAACAUGUGGCUUUUUCGGAGAUUUCCUCCUGUUGGAUCCAUGUGAUGCACCAGCUGUUUCUGACUUUUUGCAAGGAAAACAAUCUGCCAAAGAAGAUAUAUUCGCUGGCAGGGGCAGCUCUGCACGGUCUAAAAGCCGAACCAAUGUUUUCUGUUCCCCAAAUGGAAGAUCUGGGGGCACCGGUCGUAGACCUACCCCUGGAAAAGUCCAAGAGGGAAAUCCAGAUCAAACUCAGGAGAGCAAUCCCGACCAAUCUCAAGAAAUGAAUGCAAAUCAAACCCAAGAACAUAUCGAUGACUUAAAUGUAAAUGAUGAUCAUUGGUCUGUUCACCCUGCUGACCAUGAUUUUCCUGAUAAUGACAUGCCCCACCCAGAUGAUGCAGACGCUGGGUGUGUGGAUGAUUCUGAUGAUGAUGAUGAUCCAUGGAGGCCAUUGAAUCCCCAUGAACCUGGCAACCUAAAGAUCAGGACUUGUAGGAAAGUAAAAAGUUUUGCAAGGCAGGUCAUUGGUGCUCCCAAAAGGAACAUUAUUGCAUCUCUGUUUCCUAUGGAAAAGAUGGAUGGUGCAUCCUUUAAAGUACAUCUAUCUCAGCAGGAAACACAUCAUGUUCCUGAACCUCCUCCUCUGUACGAAAAGCUUAUGAGGUCACUUGAACAUGGAGAACCAGAAAGUCACCUGUUUGGAGAUUUGAAGGAUGGCCAUGAGCCGGAUAUUGGUGUAAAUGACUUUGAUAUUCAUGAGCCAGAUAUGCCAGAUGAUGUCUGUGAUAUGGAUGUUGAUAUGGACAUACCAACAUACCCUGAUAAGAAUAAUGAUGCAACAUUGGAUGGAGCUCAAGGUACACAGGAUAGCAUGGAUGCGCAUGAAAGCCUUGAAGAUUUGUGUCGGUCACAUCUGGAUGCUCUCCUUGCUAGCAUAGCUGAGGCUGAACAGCAGACUGAGCUGGAUGCACGAGUUUCGACAUGGAAAGAACGAAUUGAGCAUGCCUUGGAAGAGCAGGAUAGAAACCCACCUUUUGAUAUUGGUUCUUAUGGAGAGCAAAUCAUCGACACGCUCUCAUCAAGAACCGAGAAUGCAGGGAUUGCAUCAUUCAGUGAGAUUGUUAGUGGCAAGCCAAAGUAUGAGGUUGCAAGGACAUUCUCUGCGCUUCUCCAGCUGGUGAACGGUAGAAGUGUUGAUCUGGACAAAGGACAAACUACGAAUGGGUUGGUAUGUCACACGGCUUCCAACCCAUUCCAUGUAAGGCUCAUUGGUCCCAACCAGAGACCGGAAAUCGAGGCACGUUUCGCGCGAAAGAGGGUCAAUUCGCCUUCACGAAAUAAAGGCAGUGGCAAACCCUCUCCAGCGCAACAGAAGUCGCCUAAGAAACAUGGGCAUAAAAAUGGCAAGGUUCCAGUGAAGACGUCAAUUAAACUGACUCCAGAUGGAAAGCGAAGGCGGAGGUCAACUCAAAUGCUGCGCCCGAUCAAUCUAGAAUCCAGCUGAUGAAGAUGGAGGGCAGACUGACUCAUGAGCAUAACAAUUAUGAUUCUCUUCUUCCUGUAACUUGAGUGUUGUCUAGCAACUAUGAGUUAUGACAUAGGCCUAGCUAGAUGGGGUGUACAUGUACAAUAGAUCGUUGUAUUGUGCUUGCCUGUAUGUAAUGUUAUCUAGGUCUGUUGCUAGAAUUGCCCUUAUAUGUCAUGUCUGUAAGGGGGACAUAGGCAAAUACAGCUGAUAGAUUUCUUUCGUUCUACUUCAAUAACCAAACUACCAUCUGGUUAGCCUAUUGUUUUGUACAUGAGAUAUUCCUGUGCCUUUUGAGUUUUGUUUUCUUGAGUAGUUUGGGUUUA